GGCGGGGUCAUGGUGCUGAGGUUUCUUCCUGUGAGCUAAAGGAAACGGACUGAAGGAUUUUCCCAUUAACCCAGCAGCAGCCUUAUUGUACGCACACAGUGUGUAUAUAAAGCUUUGACAUGGAGCCGGACACAUUGACAACUCUACAGGAUCAAGAUGAAGAGAUCCGUCAGUCUGCACAUCAUGCUUUCAGUGAGCUCACUGCUCAUCUUCAACCACCACCCUUCAUCCUCAUCCUCUUCCUCCUCCUCCUCUUCCUCUGCUGCUGACGGGAGGUCCAGCAAGUGCAUCGACCUGCGCCAGGUGAACAGGACGGUGAGCAGGCUUCAGAGGUACUGGGAGUACUGGAACGAACUGUGGCUCCCAAAAAACCUGCAAGACACGCGGACGUGCGCGCAGGUGGCCAAGGACAUGCGCGGAGAGCUGAGUAACCGCUCGCUGUCCCCGUGGAGGUACAGACUGGACCGAGAGGAAAACAGGGAUCCUCACGAGAUCCUGUUUGCCGUGUGUCUCUGUGAAGGCUGCAUCAUCAACCAGCGUGAAGACAUGAGCUACAACUCUGUGCCUGUGUUCGCUCCGCUGACGGUCCUGAGAAGAACUCUGUGUCCAAAUGACCCAAACAAAUACGAGGUGAAAAAGGUUUUUAUUGAAAUCCCUGUGGCCUGCACGUGUGCUGUGCCAAAGUACGCUGAAUGAUCAAAGAAACUAUCGUAAUCACAUUGGUGCUGAUUCUCUAUUAACCAAGUUAACCAAAAACUAAAUAUUCCCUCCUGCAGCUGGGGGUUAAAUCUAUUUCAAUGUGAUCUCUGAAGGUGUCACUAGUUAUUUUUGUUUGUGGGAAAUGUUUUCUCAUAAUUGACUAAUUUGACGGUGUUUUGUGUCAGUUUGAGCCAAAGUGAAACCACAACUUCUGAUGUCACGUUAGUAGCCCUCAGUAGCUCUGAGGACGACGGUUUAAGGCCCCGAUCAGAGAGUCAGUGUUUUGCAGGUUGUAAAACACAAGGUGCACCGCACUGCCUUUUUGGUUGAAUCCUGCCCUGAUCAGACGGAGCGCUUUCUGCAGCUUGCUGCGUCUUUUUUAUGUAAUAAUAAUAAUAAUACAUUUUAUUCAGACAGCGCUUUUACAGCUCUCAAAGAUGCUUUACAUUUAAAACCAAAGAAAAGAAGUAUACAUAUAAGUGCAAAGAGAUAAACAGAAGACAAGGACGAUAUACAACA